AUGGGAUUUUUUGAUCCAAGCACCGGAGAAUAUUUUGAUCCUUCAGUGGAUCGCCGGGUUGUGCUCAUCACCGGAGCCAACUCCGGUAUCGGGUACUAUACUGCGUUGCAUCUUUACCUACAUGGGUAUGUUGUAUACAUUGCUGGAAGAACUGAAUCCAAGGUGUUAAAGGCAAUGGAGGAUAUAAAGGAAGAGUCUAAGAAACGAAUUGAAAACUCUUCAGAGCAAUCUAGCAAAAAAAUUGUCGGAGAGUUGCAUUUUAUUAAGAUGGAUUUGCAAGACUUAUCAACUGUGGUCAAGGGAGCAGAGGAGUUCAAAGCAAAGGAGUCCAAAUUACACAUUUUAAUCAAUAACGCUGGUAUUAUGGCGGUACCAUUCGAACAGACCAAAGAUGGCUAUGACGUUCAGUAUCAGGUCAACUACUUGAGUCAUGCGUUACUCAGCUUUAAAGUACUUGCUGAAUUGAAGGCAGUUGCACAAGAAGGCAAGGUUGAACCCCGGGUUAUUUUUGUUUCCUCCUUGGCCCAUGCGUCUUUCACGAACGGAUACGAACCGGGCGACUUGAUCAAGAAGAAGCCGGAGGCUUGCUAUUCUUGGAUCAGGUACGGUAAAUCCAAAAUGGCCGAGAUUCAGUUCAUCCAGCGGUUUGCCAAAGAAAAUCCCGGCAUCUUGGGAUUGAGCGUUCAUCCAGGGAUCAUCAUUACUGAUUUAUACCAGUACUGGUCCAACGUUCCGGUUGUUGGGUUUCUAUUCAAGUCUUCUUUCUGGGCCAUUGGUAAAGUUGCCGGGGUUUCGACUGAACAAGGUGCCUUGGCUACGUUGAGGGGUGCCAUGGAUCCUGGCUUGACCAUCGAGAAUGACAAUUGUAGUAAUGGAAUUGGAUUGUUAUUGCCAAUAAUUUGUACUUAUCGUGCUUUUGAAAAGUAUACUUCGCAUUCCAAUCGGAUUGCAGCCUCAAAUGUCAAUAUUGCUGGGUUUAAUGUACCCAUAAACAGUUUGUUCAAGAAGGCCACCGGAGAACAAGCCGAACCAAUUGAUUACGAAGAACGAUUAUUACAAUAUGAAUUGAUCACUUUACAGAAAUGGAUAGUGUACUGGUUGGUUUUUGGGUCAGCCCAAUUGGUGGAAACGGUUUUUUUUUUGUAUUACUUGCCUGGCUAUUCUUUGAUUCGCCUAGGAUUUUCAAUUUGGUUAAUGGUGCCAAUAUUGACAAGCAAGUUUCAAAAAAUUGAAGUUAAUUCGAUUGAUAUUGAAAGUCAAUGGUUAAAAUUCACCAACGAUGGUUGUGGGCUAAUUUACUUUCUGUAUUUGAGACCAUUGCUUGAUUCUUGGUUGGGGGAAGAGGACAAUACCCCGGCUGAUUUUGAUAAGUUGAAACAAGUAAUCCAAACAAAUGCCGGUACUUUGAUGUACUAUCUUAGUUUAUUAUUGAAUCUUGCUCAAAAGGAUUCUACGGAUGCUAACACUCCAGCAGCUCUGAAAUUCAGCAAUGUUUUCAACUCGGUGAAGUCUUAUGUGCCUUCUUUACAAGCCCCGGCAACCCAAGAAGCCAAACCGGUUCCGGAAUCAAAUGUCGAAGAUGAAUACGAUGUUAUCGAUAAACCUAAUGACGAUUCUAAGAAAUCAAGUGCUUCUACCUCUGGUGCGGAAGUCAAACGUGGUUGGUUAUGGUAA